UAGCUCCAGACACUCUUCAAGGAGCAAAAUUCAAACAUCAAGUGGGCUUUGCAGCUAAGCUGCUGCUUGGGAGGAGCUGAGAAAUCAGUUUUUGUUCAUAACACUAAUGUAGCUCCAACUGAACAGCUUUUAGUUCUAGGCAUUUUAAAUUUGCCCAAAUUGAAAAUCUAUUCCAGCUCUUACUACAUACUCGGCAAUAUGCCUCGCAAGCAAUGUGGCCCCAAGAGUGAGUACAUGAAUCCCUUCUACGUUGGCCCUUAUCCUGACCAAUCAUGUGGCCCUUGUCCGUUUGGUAUAUUUUCGGGCUUUGUGCCGUGCGGAUGGCCCGAUCGCUGCAAGGGUAACAAUGACGAGAGACAACGAUGUUGCGUUCCAAAAGAGGCCGAAAAUACCAAGAGCAUGAAAUAGGUUUUCAAUGGGCAAAUUUAUACGAAAUUGCUCAACAUACAAUAAAGCAGAAGAUGUUCAGAACUAAAUUGCAAGAGUUUGAUUUCUGUCUUUACUUAUUUAUAUGAGAUUGUGGUUAUUUAUAUAGGAAUAGGCUAAUUCAAUUGAAAUUGCUGGCCAAAUCUGGUAAAGAAUAAUGAUAUUUGAAUCAAGUCGGCGCUGCUCUCUUCAACAUCUAUAAAAAGUCUAUAUUCGUAUUCUCAUUAUCAUUUGGUUGUUAUUGAACAAUGUAUUGAGCUCAAAUUCAGAUAAGGUUAAAAAGCGUGUGGUCCAGAUUUUGCCGGUCGCCAUCAUUGUCGAAAUUUGUAUUAUAGCAAAGCGAUAAAAUACAUAUUCAUAAUGCAGACUGUGCGUAGUGCCAUCGGAGAGGUUCAUGAGUCGCUGUCGCUGGUUCAGGUUGAGGAAGGACCCACCAUGAAUGCUGAGUCUAUGGAGGAUGCACUGAUACGGAUAUGGCUGAAGCUUUGCUUUCUCUUUGGCGAAUUUAUCGAAGUGAUGAUGCACUUUGGCGGCCAAACAUCACCGGAACAAAAAAACGAAACACGAGUCGAAAUCGAAAAUCAUUCGGAUAACGAUGCAUAAACGUUUUGACUUCACAAUCAAAAGGUGUUCGAUAUUUUGGCUCUGUUAUCAAAAUUUUUAGUUCUAGGUAAUGUUUGGCUAUUUGGCUCUGUUGGCCCGCAGAUAAUAAAGGAGAAACACGUCCCGCCAUGGAGAUUGUCCACAGAUGUAUUGGGGCGAUGGGUGUGAUUGCAUUAUAUGUUGUACUGACGCAAAUGACGACGCAGGUGGUCGCCAAUGCCACGCCCCAAUUGAGUCAGUUUAUCAGUAAUCGCACAACGCUCGUGAAUCGUAUUUCGCACGCACGUAGCAUCCACUUAACGGAUAAUGAACAGUUCCGUAAUGCAUGCGCUUCUGUGAAGAAAACUGGUCGUCGUCUGUAUAAUAUCCUUGAAAUGUAUGCUUCAACCAGUGCUUGAUGAGUUACCUAUGGCACUCUGUAAGUGUGAACAAUAGCGUUGGAUCAGGCCACAAGGGAGCGUGCAUAUAUGUAUAUCAAGAGACUCAUCUUGAGCCACAGUGGAUCCAAAGCACCAACUGACUUCAAUUGCAGCUGAGAGAACAAGGACAAACGCAGCGUGUAAAUCGAUGAAUCCAAUAUAUAUAAAUAUACAUAUAUAUAUAUAUAAAGUAUUUUACAUACAUAUAUAUAUAUAUGAAUACAUAUAUAGUCGAUCAAAGCAUGCACAGUUUGUAAAGCAAAGUUGGCUACGAUUUUGUUCUCUGAAUCGAAACUGGCUUUGCCCUCUCAGCUGUGAAUUCAGUUUCGUAGUUGAGCUCAUUCGCUUUCGAUCUUUCGGCUUGUGAACAUAACAAAUGAAAUAGGAAUUUUUUAGAAAUUUCAUUUGUUCCGGGUAAUAUUCACACAUAUUUUUAGCUGCAAAGAAAGCAUAAUAUUCUCAAGUAGAGUUUUGACGUGUGUGCAUAUAUAGAAUUUUAAUAUGUAUAUCGUUUGCAAAUUCGAUCCUUUCUAUGUUGGACCUUGCCCACCCGGCUGCCUAGUGCCAGCAGGAGGCUGUGCCAGCUGUCGUAAUUGCUGUGGAGGCUGCUGUGGUGGCGGUUGCUGCUAAGCGAUCAUUAUAGCGAGAUUAUAGCGAGAUUAUUUAAGCAAUUUGCCCUUUUAUGCUAUCUUUGAUGGAGACACAUGUGACAAGUAAACGAAACUCUGGACAAGGCUGAAGAUGUGUGUGUCUAUUUCAACAUCUGCCUAAAUGUUCAAUUUAAAUUCUCAGUAUUAAAUAUGUUAUAAAUUUA